CCCGUACUCACUUCUCUUAGCUCAGAAAUUUCUAAAUUUUGGUUAUAUGAACUUUAGACACCGAGUUGUAAAUACGCAUUAAUCGCUCGGUCAGAUCAUAUGAAAGCUACUAUAUUUUUGUUCAUUCACUAGUCAUUGUCAUCCUUCAUCACUCAUCAUGUCUCAGCAGUUCUGCCUCAAAUGGAACAACCACACCACAAACAUGUUGCAGGUCUUCGAGAGCCUGCUGAGCACGGAAGCCUUGGUGGACGUGACUCUCGCGUGUGACGGCCUGAGCCUCAAGGCCCACAAAAUGGUGCUUUCCGCUUGCAGUCCCUUCUUCCAGAGUUUAUUUUUAGAGAAUCCCUGCAAGCACCCCAUUGUGAUAAUGAAAGAUAUGCGCUACACGGACCUCAAAGCCAUCAUAGACUUCAUGUACAGGGGCGAGGUGAACGUCUCGCAUGACCAGCUGUCAGCGCUCCUCAAGACGGCAGAGACGUUAAAAGUGAAGGGGCUGGCGGAGGUGACGGGGGAAAGCCGACACGCGGCCGGCAUCGUCCAGCAGGAGAUCGUCAACAACAACACCCCCCAGGCGCCCCCCACAACCGCCGUGCCUCCCACGCUGCCCCCCUCCGCCGUAAGGACAGACACGCCGCCCUUGCAGGGUAAAAGAAAGCGGGGCCGCCCCCGGAAGCGGUCGCUCUCCGACUCCGCCCGCUCAGAUGACGAGGGCGGCACCGGCCCCAAGAUCAAGGAGUCCCACUCCCCGGAGAUCGAAGAGCUCUCGGGGGACGCGUCCAUGGAGGGCUCCAGUGAUAUUCGUUCGGGCAGCACUCCUUCCAACUCGCAAUCUCAGGUGCAAGCCGCCGCUCACUCAUCGAACUCUGUACAUAAUUUCAACUCCAAAUCCCAUCUGCAGGACCACGACGAAGAUCAGAUAUCGUGCGACGACGAUAAUGACUUUGAAGUUGAGCCAUCCAAGUUGAUGGAACAAACUUUAACCACAGACAAUGUUCCUUCAAAUAGUCAAAACAGUACAGGGCACAUAACACUUCCAUCUGUCAGUGGCUUAGAAAUAUCCAGGCGGUCUAUGAGUAGUACGGAUAGUGGUAGCCAAGCAUUAGUUCCUGUUUCUUCAAUACCAUCAGACUCAUUAGGUUCCAAUCUUCAAGGACCAGACAGUCCGCAAGACAUCAAGCCCCAAAUUCUUUCAUUCGACGAUCCUCCCAUUUCUCCCGUUGCGGGUCCCUCCCACAGUUCCGAAAGGUCUAUGAUGAUGUACAUGGACCAAGGAGUUGCCUCUCUGCCUGGGCCAAGCAAUUAUCAGGACAGUAGUGCACUCGUGCCACACGAUUCACAACCUCAAGUUUCACCCCCUGGUGCAUUUGAAUUCAACUGGUUUAAUUUGGAGAUGGCUCUGUAUGACAUUCGAUCAAAGAGAUUGACUUUGAGACAGGCACAACACGUCUACCAAAUCCCCAAAAGUACUCUGCAUAGAAGACUUCAAGGAAAGUCUGUCUCUCGAGCCUACAUGAAACGGAGAAAAUACGAUCAGAUUUAGUGAGAAAAUGUUGAAUGCUGAACAGCUAUCGCCAACUUGUUGAUUUCCAAGUCAAACUAUGAAGUACAGUUCAGCUGAUUCUGUUUCCUUUUGUUCUUUCUGACACUUUUUUUAACUGAAUUUGUUUAAAAAUGUAUCCUUUUAUAUUUUUGAAGUUGUUCUUACAAUAAUGUUUUGUAAAAAAAAUCUUGCUUAAACAAUCUUCUUAUUUGCUGUAACAUUUAAGGCCUAUUUUGAAUGCAAGUUAUCAAGGCAAAGACCCUGUUUAGUAUGCUAAAAAAUGUUCUUGUGCACAUAGACUUGCUUUUUCAGGAUUUAAGACAAUUGUUGUGAUGGUGCUUCAAAUAUGAGGGGGAAGUUUGGUGGAAUUCAAAAGUUGGUUUUAGAUUUACAGCCACAAGCAAUAUAAGUCCACUGCAUAACUCACCACAAAAUAGAGUUGUAAAAAUGUCCCUCAAGACAAGUGACAUAUGAACCAGAAAAUUUCUUAACCUAUUUUUUUUUUCACUUUGAAAAUGCCAUGACUCAUGUAUUACUGAUUUGUGUAAUUUGUACGCACCAGAAAAUAUGUAAAAUAACAUUAUCAAGGAAAAAAAAUCUAAAAAUUUUCUGAGAGAGGUUGGCAGAUCCUCUUCACCUAGAGAGAUUCCAUGCUCCUAGAGCUCUAGUGACAUUUGGCUCCCCCCCCCAGUAGGUUUCAAAAGUCAGCGCCCCUGGUCACUAAGACUAAAAAUACCUGUGAUUUAUACUGCAUCUUUUUACAUACCUAAUGGAAAGUAUUGCAAUUUUUGCAGUAAUCAUUCUUUGUGCAAUGAGUAUUUAUUAUUUUUAUGAAAUGGAAAUUUGUGAUAAUGUGAAGGAAUGAGAGGAAUAAUAUUGUUAACACACAACAAAAAUUGUGUUAUGAAUGGUCACAGUAUCGAGUUUUAAUGUACAAAUUGAUUGUUUAUAGUUAAAGGUUUCUUAAUUAAAAAUUAAUGUUCAAAUUUUGUUUACUUGUAAAUAUAUCUGGUUAAUUAAAUUUUGAUUCAACCAACAUGAUUGGAAAUUUAUA